AUGUUAAGGCGGGAAGAGGCUUUGGCGAAGCUAGACGCAUCUAUAGAUGACUGGUUCACACGGCUCGAGCAGGCAGAAAAUCGACGCACGCGUAUCCGUCAGAAGUUGUUGGAGCAUAUUGCAGCAGCUACGAUGCUAUUUGUUGCAGAGCACCACCCUUCUUGCGCCAAUGAGUCGUUGCAGCAUCACAAGGGUACGCAUUUGUUUCAACAGCAUAUCGCUGCGCCUUAUCUGAGCAGUCCUGAUGGCAUACCUCCCUCCGGUCGAGGAGCUGACAGUACGUCGUCGCGAAGCCAGGUAACAAUGGCCCACCGUGGUGACGGGGAACGACUCGGUGCUAAGCGUAUUGCCGGUCAUGACACAGAUGUCCAGGCUGUCAACUACACCGUCGCAAGGCGCUACAAUAAGGAAGGCGGGUGGAUUCCUCCAGCAAGUGACGUCGAGGCUCCUAUAGAGAAUUUGGAGAGAGAGGUGUCCAAAAUGGGCAACGGCAUCCAUAUAUGGACUCGCAACUCUCGGUUAGAACGCAGUAGCAUAGAACGAGAGAGGCUUAGGAGCUACGAGAAGCUCUGUGGCGGAAGUAGACAUGACAGAAUUUCUGUCACGUUGUGA